GAACAUAAAGAAUAAUUAAAUAGAAAUGAAAUAAAACGUUUUUACAUAAAUGACGACACUGAUCUUGAGUUAAGUAAAACCCCUUCACUGUGCUAUAAAAUAAAAAACACUUAUUAAUGUUUAAAAGCAUUUCGAGAAAACUAUUAAAUCAUUCGUUAAUUAAAAGUGUAAUGUGUAAAACAUAAUUAUAUUAGAAUUAGCUGAAAAACAUUAUUCCGUUCAAAACGCAAUAGCCCAGAACGGCAUUCAAUAUCGUUCAAAUGUUGGCAAUAUAAGUGCUAAAAACCAGUCUUAAAUUAUUUGAAAAAAAUUUAACUUAAUUGAUUAACGAAAAAACAUUACGCACGCCUCAAAAAUAUCAUGUUUUCAUUGCAAAAAUAAAUUAAAACGAUAAUAAAAAGGUAACUCACAAAGUAUUAAAUGACAUGCACUACAAUAAUUCUGUUCACAAUUGUUGUGUGAGAUGGCAUUCCCGUGAAAUAUUAUUUCUGUUAUUAGCUAAAUAAAAAAAGCUGCCUGUAUUUAACGAAAACAACCGGAAUCCGAAAAGAGCGCAUAGCAAAUAAACCAGUAUCUUCUCUCCAUCCAGAGUGUAGGUGCGUUUCCAUCAGAGGAGUCUUCGCUUAGAUUUAGAUGUGUAUAAAAACUGAGGAUUAAUUUGUCGUCAAUACACUGAAGCCAGUGACGAGUCGACGCGUGAUUGGACGAGCUCGUCUCAAACCCUCCCUUUAUAAUUUCACGGGAGUCAGUUCGGAGGUCUUAAACACACCUCGCCGGCAGCCGCCACAGCCAGGACACACACACAAGAGCACCCUGCACUUUCCAAACCCUAAUUCAAACAGAGAAAAUUGCAAGUGGUUUAUUUAACUACUGAACGCUGUGCCGGUUUGCGCUCCGCGUUUAUGGACUUUUAAUUGCAGCGCGCAACACUAGGGCUUCAACUUUUUUCCGUGCGCAACUGAAAACAGAAGCUGAUGUUUUAGCUGUCAUAUUAGCGCAUGUGCUCCACGCACAAAUAAAAGGUUUGGUUGUUUUUUUCUAGCAACCCCUUUUUUCUUUAAAUAGUAAACCUUCUUCUCUAAAAUUGGCUCCUGUACAAACAGCCGCGUUGGAUCCCUCGGGUUACUGCGAGACUCCGGUGUACAACCCGGAUCUCUGUCCAAACAUGAUCGCCGCCCAGGCCAAGCUGGUGUACCAUCUGAAUAAAUACUACAACGAGAAAUGCCAGUCUCGGAAGGCGGCCAUCUCCAAGACCAUCAGGGAGGUGUGCAAGGUGGUCUCGGAUGUCCUGAAAGAGGUGGAGGUCCAGGAGCCCCGCUUCAUCAGCUCCUUAAACGAAAUGGAUAACCGUUUCGAGGGGCUCGAGGUCAUCUCCCCCACCGAAUUUGAGGUGGUCCUGUAUCUGAACCAGAUGGGAGUCUUCAACUUUGUGGACGACGGUUCUCUGCCGGGCUGCGCCGUGCUGAAGCUCAGCGACGGCCGGAAGAGAAGCAUGUCUCUCUGGGUCGAGUUCAUCACGGCUUCGGGAUACCUGUCAGCGCGUAAAAUCCGCUCCAGGUUCCAGACGCUGGUGGCGCAGGCGGUGGAUAAAUGCAGCUAUAGGGACGUCGUUAAAAUGGUCGCGGACACAAGCGAGGUUAAAUUGCGCAUCAGAGACAGAUAUGUGGUUCAGAUCACCCCCGCUUUCAAAUGCACUGGCAUAUGGCCGCGCAGCGCGGCGCACUGGCCACUGCCGCACAUCCCCUGGCCCGGUCCGAACAGGGUGGCAGAAGUCAAGGCUGAGGGUUUCAAUCUGUUAUCCAAGGAGUGUUACUCGUUAAACGGGAAGCAGAGCUCGGCGGAGAGCGACGCCUGGGUGUUACAGUUCGCCGAAGCGGAGAACCGACUGCUGCUGGGUGGGUGCAGGAAGAAAUGCCUUUCCUUGCUUAAGACGUUGCGGGACCGUCACCUUGAACUGCCGGGACAACCUCUCAACAACUACCACAUGAAAACUCUAGUAUCUUACGAGUGUGAAAAACACCCACGAGAGUCGGACUGGGACGAAAACUGCCUCGGGGAUCGACUGAACGGGAUUUUAUUGCAGCUCAUAUCUUGCUUGCAGUGCAGGCGAUGCCCCCAUUAUUUUCUACCAACGCUAGACCUCUUCCAAGGGAAGCCUCAUUCGGGUCUCGAAAACGCGGCCAAACAAACUUGGCGACUGGCGAGAGAAAUUCUAACCAACCCUAAAAGCCUGGAGAAACUCUGAGGUAAAAAUCAUAACGACAUAUUUGUGAGGUGAAAUCAGAGAAUACGCGAUCAGACUGUUCUGAAGUUCUGAGGCCUAUUCAGAAACUCUUCCACAAAAUGGUCACUGUUAUGGAAACCAGUCCACGUUUGUGUUGCAAAAUGUGCAGUCAUUAUUACUAUGUGGAUUAUGAAAAAAUAUUUUACACCGUUUGGUUUCAUAUAGUUUGGAUGAUGUGAAUUAGUCAGCUCCUUAUUUUGUUAACGAGGGAGCGAACUGUAUCAACAAUCUAAAUGAAUGGUUACCUGUCAGUAUUAUUUUUCCUUUUUACGAGCCCUGCCCAACAACACAUUUUACCUUUCAAAACGAAGCUACGAGAAGAGCCUUUGACAGAAUAUAACCUGUACAUUUUAUACUGUAAAUAGACACAUUUGUAGAUUGUGAAUCCGGUGAUCUGCAGUUGUGAAUGUUGUUCUGUGACACGUAAAAUAGAAGUAUAAUUUCACCUGUUUUAACAUUCGCCUGGGUUAUUUCCGAAAGAAAACGAAAGAAAGAAGAAAACAUUAAGACCUGCAUAAACGAUAGUUUAUCUAAGGUUUACAUUUUGAUGGUAUCCUAAACAUUCCAUACGCAUACUUGAAUUCUUAUUUAAAGUAUUUUCGACCGUUUUUGUUUGUACCUUGCUUACAUGAAAAAAGGCUGAAAUUAAGAAUAUAUAUAUGGGAAAAUAUACCUGAAAAUAAUGCACUUGAACUACACUGGAAUUAUAACAAUUUGUGAUUUGAUUUUUUAUAUCUGUCUGAGUUUAUUUAAAGAGUUAAUAAAAACAAAUUAAUAUU